CCCGCUUCUAAGAAUUGCUCACUAAUCUUGAUCGCGAUCGCGGGGAUGUCGCGAUCUGGAAAUCUCUUCGUACUGGCCCAUCUGCCCAAAGCUUUCUUGACAUCUUUUCCCAAUCAUUCUUGCCACCGCAUACUGCGGAGGACUUUUGAGGAGCGCAAGGUGUCACAUCCGGCUUCUGCAAGUCUUUUGUAGGGUUGUUCGCCACAAGUCAAGACCAGCAGCUUAUCGUCUUGGGGUUAUCAUCUCUUUCUCAGUCAUUCCCUAACAUCUUCAACUCUCGUUAUUAUCCACCAUGUCGACCCUUGUGCUCAGCGCUGCGUCUGGCGGAAUCUUCGGAGCUGCCUUGACAGCGUCUGGUGUCUAUGCGCCAUCUGUUAUCGUUUCGCAAAUGGGUUUGACCAACUUCCAUAUGCUCAAGUCCUUUCUUGCCGCCAGCGCCUGUAGUGCUCUUAUCAUCGUCUCAGCAAAUCGUUCAGGUUAUGCCAAGCUGCAACAUCGUACCGACUCUUCCUAUGGCUGGUUCAUGCAAUAUGAUGCCAACAUCGUGGGUGGUUUAUUGCAGGGGAUCGGGAUGACAUUGACGGGCGCCUGCCCAGGAACUGUCCUUGUGCAAAUGGCAUUGGGCAUCAAAUCUGCCUGGAAUGUCGCCAUCGGCGGAGUACUUGGGGGUGUCGUCUUCGCAAAAGUGGGACAGCAACUCAAAAGAUCUCAGGCGACCACCUCUGGAGGCAGCAAACAUACGUUGCAGGAGCAGACGGGUCUCUCCACUGCUACCAUCGUCCUGAUCUACGAGGCACUUUGCCUCAUGAUGAUCACUGCGGCCACGUAUCUGGCACCAACGAGACAAUAUUGGCUCAAUCCAAUCAUCGGCGGUCUUCUGAUCGGAACUGCACAAGCGACCUCGGUGCUCUUCACCCGCAAAACCCUGGGGGUCUCGAGUGCGUAUCAAGACAUCGGCAAGUACUUUUGGAGUGUUGUUGAAGGAAAAUCUGGGCCCGGUCUAUCAAACAUCGUGUUCGCUGGAGGCGUCAUCGCAGGAUCGAAGAUCAUUUCUCAGUAUGUUCCCACCAUCGCCGAGACAGCAUCGAUCAUCAGUGCUCCGGCAGCUGCUCUUGGCGGCUUCGCGAUGAUAUUCGGUGCCAGGCUGGCGGGCGGUUGUACCAGUGGUCAUGGCAUCAGUGGAAUGUCCACGAUGAGCUUGAGCAGUUUCAUAACUGUGGCGAGCAUGUUUGGUGGUGGUAUUGCGGCUGCUUUCCUGACGAAGUGAGCUGCGUUGUGAGGCAGUUUGACUGUCCUUGCAAUUCACUGGACAUCACCGCCUGCACUCAGGCAGUGCUUGAAGUCAUGUCGCAAGAUCGUCUUGUGGAAGCACUCCGUGCACUUGAGGGCCUCCGUCACGGCCGGGCAGUGAUGAAGC